GGCCGACUACUGGAAAUCCAAUGAACGGAAGUAUUGCAAUUUUUGCAAGUGCUGGAUAGCGGACAACAAAUCGAGCGUUCAGUUUCACGAAAAUGGUAAGCGACAUCAGUUGAAUGUCCAGAAACGUAUAUCGGAGAUAAGCCGCAAUAGCUAUAAAUCUCAGCAGGAGCAAGCUAAAAUAGAUGCAGAUUUGAAAAAAAUGAACGAUGCUGCCAUGAAGGCGUACAUGCAGGAUAUUAGUUCACAAGCUGAUAUGAGCUCGCGGGAAUUAUACGAAAAGCAACAGCUUGAACGAAUGAACGAAAAUGCUAUCCAAGAUAUCAGCAGCGCUGGUCCUUCAACUAGCGAAGCUGGUGCAAGAAUGCAAACGGAUUCUAAGUGUUCGAAGCCUAGGAAAGGUCGCGAAGCAGAUCCAUUGUACCUGCCUGGAGUGUUGACUGAUGAAGAAGGCGAGUCAAGUAAUGACAAAUCAGCAGCAAAAAAAAGGCGUAUAGCUGAAGUUGCUAGAGCUAGCAAUGGAUCGAUGUGGGUAGAAGCCGAAAGUGAUGAGGGAUAUCCUUAUUUCUGGAAUGUGAAAACAGGUGAAUCCAUUUGGGAACCUCCGAUGGAAGGUUUUAUGAAAAAACAAGAGUAUGAGAAACUGUCGAAAAUUGCCUGGGAGAAGCAAAAGGAAAAUGCAAUUGUCGAAGCACAAUAUGAGUUGGAAAAUGCAGAGGAGAUUGCCUCGCGUCUCCGUCGUGAAAGCAUGGCCCAGAUUUUUAAACACAACAGAAAAAUCAAAGAAGAAUUUGAAAAGAAGGUGUUUCAUGGACGUGAAACAGAAAUUACUUUAGAAAAUCAACAUUCUAAAACACCGUACGGAGCAUGGGAAACAAUUGAAGUAAAGAAAGAGCAACCAGUCGAUUUACAACUACCAUUUAAAGCGACUCCGUUAUAUAUCCCAAGCACCAUUCCCGAAGAUAAGGAGCAACAAUUUAAAGAGAAAAUCGUUGAUCAUGUUCCUCUAGAAGUAAAAGCUACUGUAAGUGCCACUUUCGUGAAAAAACGCAAAGUACAACGUAAUGCCCGGAAUCGCAUUGAAACGGACUAAGGGUGAAAUUUUCCGAGCAUUACGAAGUAGCGCUUAUAAGCGAAUAAAAAUAAGAGUGAUAAGAAACCAAAAGGUACUGUUCUUUUGCAUCGAUAUUUCACAUAGAUCGUUUUC